CAGUAGCGCUUCCGGUUUGCGGUGGAGUAAGCGUUGGUUCCGUGUAGCCCCGUGUGUCACCCGGUUGGUCAGCUUCAUGUCAGAAACUUAGUUACCACGUUUAUCAAGAACGGUGAACUCACCCCAACGUCGCCCUCAGUUUUUUUUUGGUUCAGUAUGUCAUUUCUCGUAGACUCUGUGAUCAUGGUCACCUCUCAGGUGCUGUUCUUUGGCUUCGGGUGGCUUUUCUUCAUGCGACAAUUGUUCAAAGAUUAUGAGGUACGACACUAUAUUGUGCAGGUCGUCUUCUCUGUGACCUUUGCGUUCUCCUGCACAAUGUUUGAGCUUCUCAUCUUUGAGAUACUCGGCGCCUUAAGCAGCACCUCUAGGUAUUUUCACUGGAAGCUAAACUUGUACGUCAUUUUGUUGGUAUUAAUCUUCGUGGUCCCAUUUUACAUUGGAUACUUUGUGGUUAGCAACAUACGGCUUCUACAGAGGCAGAAGCUACUUUUCGCCUGCGUGGUCUGGUUCACUUUCAUGUAUUUCUUCUGGAAGCUGGGUGACCCCUUUCCCAUCCUCAGUCCCAAACACGGGAUUCUGUCCAUUGAGCAGCUGAUCAGCCGUGUGGGUGUAAUCGGUGUGACCCUGAUGGCAUUACUGUCCGGCUUUGGCGCAGUGAACUGCCCUUACACCUACAUGUCCUACUUCCUCCGGAAUGUGACCGACAGUGACAUCCUGGCCCUGGAGAGGAGGCUACUGCAGACAAUGGACAUGAUCGUCAGUAAGAAGAAGAGAAUCGCUAUGACCAGGAGGCAGAUGUACCAGCGGGGAGAGGACCAGAGCAAGCAGACUGGCAUCUGGGGAAUGAUCCGAAGUGUCACAUCCCCUCCGCCCAACAGUGAGAAUCUGUCGCUGAUCCAGCAGGAAGUGGACGCCUUGGAGGAGCUCAGUCGGCAGCUUUUCCUGGAGACUGUGGAUCUGCAGGCCACAAAGGAAAGGAUCGAAUAUUCCAAAACAUUUCAAGGAAAGUACUUCAAUGUCUUGGGAUACUUUUUCUCCAUUUACUGCGUAUGGAAAAUCUUUAUGGCCACCAUCAACAUCGUCUUUGAUCGUGUAGGCAAGACUGAUCCUGUGACACGGGGAAUUGAGAUCACGGUCAACUACCUGGGUAUUCAGUUUGAUGUCAAAUUUUGGUCUCAGCACAUAUCCUUCAUUCUUGUGGGCAUCAUCAUCGUGACGUCGAUCAGGGGCCUACUGAUAACGCUUACCAAGUUUUUCUAUGCCAUUUCCAGCAGCAAGUCUUCCAAUGUCAUAGUCCUGGUUCUGGCUCAGAUCAUGGGCAUGUACUUUGUCUCCUCAGUCCUGCUGAUGCGUAUGAGCAUGCCCCUGGAGUACCGCACCAUAGUGACCGAGGUUCUGGGCGAGCUGCAGUUUAACUUCUACCACCGCUGGUUUGACGUCAUCUUCCUCGUCAGCGCUCUUUCCAGCAUCCUCUUCCUCUACCUGGCGCACAAACAGGCCCCAGAGAAGCACAUGACCCUAUGAUCACAUAGGAGAGACUCAAACCUUUUGUUCAUUCACUGUCAGAGAGUGUGUGUGUGAGUGUGUGUGUGAAUGUGAAUGUGAGGGUGAGAGAGAGUGAAGCCUUUGUGAGGCAUUUCUGAUGCCGACAUGUGAAAAGUUGCAUGAUGAUGUAAUUUUUUAAGUUAAUAAAAAGUCAGUUGGACGAA